GGCGAGUUCAGAUUCAGCCCAGACACGUGAUGACACAAMMAUACCAYUGCGAACACAWAAUAAUCGAACCAAACAUCCACCAUGAAGUUUUCGCUCGCAUCCAUCGCCGCUAUCGCAUCGUGCGCCUCGGUCGUCUCUGCCUUCACCGUACAGGGUCCUAGCCGUUCCUCCGUUGUCCUGCAGGCUUCCCGCAAGGCGCAGAAAAUUGCYAGCCGCACYGCUUGGGCCGAGAGYCGCGGUUUCGAUGGUUCCGUUGCRACCGCGACCGCCCCUGCCGAAGCUGGCUUGAUGAAGAACGACGAAGGUCUCGAGUUCGUUCGUCUUGUCUCCGCCUCGGGUGCCUCUUCCGAAAUCUACUUGUACGGUGGUGUCGUCACAUCCUUCAAGGAUGCUGAGGGAACCGAAUUCAUUGCCGUCCGACCGGACGCCAAGAUGGACGGAUCCAAGCCCAUCUCUGGAGGUCUUUCCCACUGCUGGCCGCAGGUAAGGAUAGUUGCCGGUUGUUUUGUAAGCGCGGUUCGUCGGAAAUCUCUGCUUGAUUCUUUGCUGUUCUCACACAUCUAUUAAAUUCAUGUCACUGCUGCAGUUCGGACCCGGUGAGAUCCAACAACAUGGAUUCGCCCGCAAUGUGAACUGGUCGGUAGUCUCCCAGACCGACACUACCGUCGAGCUCGAAAUGUUGCCUUCGGACUACACCAAGGAAAUGUGGGACAAGGAAUUCGCUUGCCGAUUCACCGUUGAAUUGGGCGACGACGAGCUCAAGACCAACAUGUCUGUAAAGAACACCGGAUCCGACGACGCUUUCGAYUUCCAGGCCGCCCUUCACUCCUACUUCACCGUCUCUGCUUUGGAGAACCUCGAAAUCACUGGAUCCUUCGAGGGCAAGGAAUUCUUGAACAAGCUUGCCGGUGACGGUGGCGAGAUGCAGACCGAAGAACGCAGCUCCAUCACCAUUACGGAAGAAUACGACCGUGUCUACAAGGGUGUGAACGAUCCAGUCCUCAAGGACACCGGAAGCGGCAAGGCYCUGAACGUCGUUAACGAAGCCGGAUGGGAAGACACCGUCUUGUGGAAUCCCUACGGAGACGAGGGCAUGGGAUUCAACAACUUUGUUUGCGUGGAAUCCGUYAAGUUCGACCCCGUCACUCUGGACGCUGGCGCAUCGUGGGACGGUGUUCUUGUCUUGAAGCCAGAGAGCCUCUAAACUAGAAAUCACUUCAAAGCGAAAAAGUGAAAUAAAAAAUAGAAUUGGAA